UCUACUCGCAGGAAAUCCUCCGCCAAAGAAAAGUAUUUCGCGAUAACACGCGUUGCCGCGCGUCGACAACUGCGCGCCAUUAACGGGACGAAGAAGAAGAAGCCGCGCGUCGACAACGUGAUUAAUUAACGCGAUUAACUACUCGCGGACGAGUUUCAUGUCGAAGUAACGCGAUGGAUUCCUGCGACGACCUAUUCGCUAUCAGCGACGAGGAGAUGUCAUCGCCGGUGCAGACCGUGCACGUGCAGUCGAAUCCCGUCGAGGAGCACCUGUUGAAACAGUUCGCCGAUGUCCAGAACCGAAUUGAUAGCGCGACGAACGAGAUCGUGGAUAUGAAGGCGACCACCGCGCGCAUUUUAAAUGCUCUACAGUGGCGCGCGCUCUACGGCGAGGAUCCGAGUUCAGAUUCCGACAGUGACUUGUACACUGUAGAAGGAGAACCUAUCACACGGAAGCAGAAGAGUCACGGAAUCAGUGAUGCGGAGAAAAACUUGGAGAUAGUCUCGCAGUGGCAGUGUGUUCUUCAAGAUAAGUGGAUUAUUGGAGUAGAAUUGCAGAACAGGUCGCGUUGGAAAUUGAUCAACCUCAGAUAUUAUCCACACGUGCGAGAUCAGGUGGAGAUUUGCGGCGAAUCGAUGUUUUGGAAAUUAAAUGAGAAUCGGUGGGAAAAGAUCGAUUCGAUCUACCCUCGCGCGGUUCACGUCGUAGCGGUGAUCGUGCUUGAUCUGCCGACGUUCGAUCGAGGACCGGUCGUCGAAUGCUGGGGCACGAUUUCGUACAAGAUCGAUGAGACGCAAUUACAGAUGCCAGUGCCAUCAAUACAGCUCACCACUGCCGAAACGAUCGAUAUAUCGUGCAUAAAGCUCUUGGACGAGAACCAGCAUAGCGCGAUACUCGCUCUGAAAAGUACAUCCAACACAGAAAGGACCGUUAACGUUCUAUUCUCGAGAGAGGAUGAAGAUGGAUCUAGAUCCGAGAAGGAACAGUUAUUCCAUUUCUUGGCUACGAAGUCUUUCUCGAAAGUUUACAGCGACGUGUUCUUGGUGAAAGAGCACGGCUCUCUGAUGUAUUGUUUGGUCGAAGUUCAAUCGAUCGGUGACAACCACGCGAGCCUCAGAAUCUUUACCAGAUCUGUCAACCAGCUGAACAUAGUUUUGCAUCUGUUGCGAGAUGAAUUUCCGAAUGUGUCCGUUGUGGAGGAAGUCGAUAGUUGCGUUGAGGCUGCAAUGGCUCUGAUACGGGAGUUAGAAAUGGUUCGCGACAAGAAGAGCGCUCUCGAGAUACAGGAAGCGAAAGUAAUAACGGACUUACUUAUUCCUUGAGUGUGUCAUUUUGUAAUGCGAAAUAGAUUCCAUUUACUUAUCCACUGUUGUUACCUCUUUAAGAUUGUUUCCUCCCCUUGUGAAAUGCAAUAUAAUUUUGUAUUAAUAAUUAAUAAUAUCAUAUAUAAAUAUGUAUCAUAAUGUGAUAUAAUGUAAUACAAAGGUCGAACAUAUUUUUGUAAAAGAUCAUGCGAUAGAGAUUAAUACUGACUAAAUAGACAAUCAUAUGUGAAUUAAGUUUUUCGUUAUCUUACUGUGAUAUUACAUUUUACCAUUCUAAAUAUUAAAAUAUAGGCUCAGUAAAAAAAAUUAGUUAUACUAUUGUUUUGCUUUUAAAGGAUCUAUUACAAUUACGAUGAUUUUAUUCUUACAAAGUGCAAGCUGACGAAUGAAUAUAGGGAUCGUUAGACGUUGUCAAAGUUUUGAAAUAAUUUAUUUUGUUAAACUAUAUAAAGCACAUAUUCGUAACAUAUAUACUGUAGUGAGUGGGUAGUGAGUGAUCGGAAUGACAGAGUGAGUGAGCGAGUUAGUGAGUCAAUAUGGGUCCAGUAGACCUCGCUGAGCACUUUCGAUAAAAAAUAUCAUCGCUACGACCAGUGUGUAUUAACGUCAACAAUUACAUACGAUAUAAUUCUCUCUUCGAUACGUAUGUAUACAAUCGCUUCAUUACAGAUAUCACUUUAUGUAUAUAUACUUGCCGUGUCUCGGCCGUCUCCCGUUGUGUCUCGACUGAUUUACGCGUCGCAAUAGCAUGUAUACGCCUACAUGUUACGAUUCCUGCAUUGUAAAAUCGAUAACGCCUUCGCUGUUGAUUAAGAUUAAAUGUAAAGGGACACGCAGCAGCGGCGAGACGUGAGACUUCUGUCGAGAUACCAGCUAUCGCGCUUCGUAAUUUAUGGGUUGAGUUGGUAACGAAAUGUUGCAGCGUGUGCCCAUCCGCGGACUCGGAUCUUCUUUUUAUUUUCAUUUCAUUAAUGUCUCAUUACGAUAUUCUAGCGGAGCAGUUGACGCCAAUUCCGUUGACAAAUUUGACGCGACAUUAAUGCGUGCGUGUAUUAAUUAACUGAUACCAGAGUCCCGUUAAUUAUUAUUGGAAGUAAGCGGUCAUUUAAUUUCUGUUUGUACUGUUUGUAUAUUAUGCGAUCCUUUAACCGACUUUUCGAGGGACAAGAAUAAAAAGUUUCUUUUUUUAUUA